AAGCUACAGAUAAAAAUGGAGGCCAGACUCCCAAUACCUACUUGAAGCACAAACUAAGUAUCAGUAUCUCGCUCUCUGUGGGCAGACUUGCUCUUUCUAAAUAAACAAAAAAUAUAAAAUUGCUCAAAUUCAAUGAAACCAAUGUAAAAUCUUUAUUUCUUUACAUAGGUAUCAUUAAAAAUGAUAAGUGUAGUUACUGGUAAAACGUUUUAGGAAGAAAUUACUGUAAAAAAUGUGAAAAAUGUUUACAAUGAUCCAAUGUCGGAAAUCACGAAAUAAACACUUACGCGUGGAAUCUUAUGUCACUUCCAGGACAGCACGUACUACCGCAACCACGCACUACAAAAUUUUGCACCAAUUCUUGUGAUAAAACAAUGAUUAUUUCCUGUAAACAAUCUCAAACGAAAUUAACUGCUUAAUAAACAAAAUAGUAAACAACCGCCAUGAUGGGCCGGAUUGGGCCGAUGUUGCCACAUGGUACCGAUUACCCAGGAAUUGGGAUUGUAAUUCCCUGAUUCGCCAACAUAUUAAGCCUAAAUGGCCGACAAUUUUGUGAUUUUUUAUUUAACUAGGUAAUCUUAGUUUCAAAUAUUAAUUAUUUAUUUGUUUAACUUCUGAUUUGGUUAGUGUAUUGGCUAUUUCGAAGAAUUUACAAGGAGAUUUAAAUCAGAAGAUAGCAAUACUACAGUUCACACUAAAAAGAGAGGUAGGGCCGCAGAGAGCGAGAUAGAUAUAAGUAGGUAUUUGACUCAAGUUUUGUUCCAAACUCUGCCCUCCAUUUUUAUCUGUAGCUUCAUGUCAACAAUGCGCAAGCAAUCACCUAUGUAUUACUUUUCUCUAUGGCAAUCACAUUCACAAGUAAUAUUGAGGUUAUGUUUGUUUUGCGUAUCCUCUGAUAGUUUUAAGACCAGUAUCUCAAAUGGGUUGAGUUGUUUUCAACAACGAGAGGAGUUUGUAGAUAUGACUUUAGCAGCAGAUGGGCAUUUUGUUAAAGUUCAUCAAGUUGUUGUUUCCCUUGCCAGCCCAUAUUUAAAAGAACUCAUCCUAUCAGCGCCAUGCCCUCAUCCAGUCGUGUUUUUAAAUAAAAUUUCAUAUCCAAUAUUAUGUUAUAUUCUGGAGUUCAUAUAUUCAGGGGAAGUUAUGGUACAUAAAGAAAGUCUACCUGAGCUCAUGGAAGCUGGUAAAGAAUUGCACAUUAUAGGCCUUCAAGAUAUGGAGAUAUUACAAGAUAAAUUGGAAACCAAUAUGGAACAGAACAAUGCAUCAACAUUAGUGGAGAAACUUCAGCAAUUCAAAUCACAGACUGGACAUAAAAGUAACAUAAGUAUUACAAGUGAUAGCAUUUCAAACACCAAUGAAGUACGUUUUGAUGAAAAAAUAUGUGAUCCUUUUGAGGAAGUUGAAAAUGACCAUCUAAGUGAAGAAAAUAACACAAAAUAUAAACAAACCUCAUCAAAUCAGGAUACUGUCAGCUUAACUCUCGGACCGUCACACAACAACAGUGCAGCUACAAGUAAUUUUGAUUGUAAAACUGUGCAAUACACAUUAUCGAAUCAAGGUUCCCUGCAGCUGAUCUUAAAUAGAUUCAUAUAUUAUUUGCGGUAUUGCCGUAAAAAAUCGGAUCGACCCAUGCGUACAUGGAGAUGUGUUGACUACAUGAGGAACAAGUGCCCGGCUUUGGUUACAACUAGAGAUGACAUUGUAGUCCAAAGGGUCUCAGCUCACAAACAUGGGUUCCACGAUAAGCAGAUAAUGAAGAAAGUUAAGUUAGGCACCAUAUUUACGGCCAUUAGAGAUGCUGAAAAAAAAGGGUUGGAGCAGAAAAAUAAAACUGAUGAUCACUGAUAAGAUAACCCAAAACAAUGAUUUUUAGAAUUUUUAUUUGUUUGUCUUAGAAACGCCGAAAAAUAAAUCAUAACAUAAA